AUGAAGAAAUCUCGAGAAAGUGGUUUCUUGUCCUGUGGUUUGUGUGGGACGAUGCUGAUCUUGAAAACAACCAAGUGUGCAGAAUGUCCACUUUGCAAAACAACGAGAAAUGCUAAAGAUAUCAUUGACAAGAACAUAGCUUACACAGUUUCUGCUGAGGAUAUCAGAAGAGAAUUAGGAAUAUCUCUGUUUGGUGAAAAGGCGCAGGAAGACGCAGAGCUACCAAAUAUCAAAAAGGCGUGCGAGAAAUGCCAGCACCCAGAGCUUGUAUACACAACCAGACAUACGAGAUCAGCGGAUGAAGGACAGACAACAUACUACACUUGCCCCAAUUGUAGUCAUAGAUUCACAGAAGGUUGA